GUAGGUGUGUGUGCGUGUGUGUGUGCGCGUGCGUUCAUCCUGAGCGCAUAGGGCACGCGCAGCUUGUCGUUGCUGCCGUUGCUGUCCUCCCAGCAUCUACUCCUUUUCUUUUCCUUUUUUUUUUUUAGGAGCACACUUAUGUUUCGGAUACAUCAUCUCACGUCGGGAAUCAUUUCUGCGCUGCUUUCAUUUUAACAACCACCACCGGAACCCUGCGGAUCGUGAGCGCGCAAAUGCGCAUCGGUCUGCGCAUCUUUGAAUCUUCACAACUACGCUGUGGACAAUCUCCCUGACAUCCAAAGACCUCUCCUCUGCAAUCCGACGGGGCUUCUUCACCGCCGAUGGCCGCACAUCGGCAUCCCUGAGCCGCUGGCCUCGUCCCGGACCUUUCACCCAUCGCCGUCCACCCAAAGGUCUUUGAAUCGGGGGAGACAUUUCUGCAUAAGAUUUGAUUUUUUUUUAAUGGUAAAAUCACCCUCGGCAGAGUAUUUUGAAGGAACCCGGCGCUAUGCUGGGCCCAUCUCUCUAGAUCUUGUGAUUAAUACACGAUCUCUCCUCCCACAUUCGUCCGACCCUGGUACUCUCAUCGAGCCCCAGCGAUGCAUCCGAACGCAGUGAUGCUGGCGGUGGUCCUUCUGUGGGACUUGAUGCUCCCCUUCAUCUCGGCUCAAAACGCUGGGUUUGUGAAGUCGCCCAUGUCUGAGACUAAGCUUACGGGGGACACCUUUGAGCUGUACUGCGACGUGGUCGGCAACCCCACCCCGGAGAUCCAGUGGUGGUACGCCGAGAUCAACCGAGCUGACUCCUUCAAGCAGCUGUGGGACGGCGCCCGCAAGCGCCGGGUGUCCAUCAACACGGCCUACGGCGCCAAUGGGGUCAGCGUGCUGGGCAUCACGCGCCUCACGCUGGAGGACUCUGGGACCUAUGAGUGCCGGGCCAGCAACGACCCCAAGCGCAACGACCUGCGCCAAAACCCCGCCAUCACCUGGAUCCGCGCCCAGGCCACCAUUUUGGUGUUACAGAAACCAAAGAUCAAUGCCUCUGAUCAGACCAUCCUUUCGGCGGACAACCCCCGUAAAGAAAUCUUCCUGCACUGCAACCUCACCACUGCACACACGCCGCACAGGGAAAGCUUCUGGAUGAAAAACGGACGGGAAAUCACAAACACGCGGACAGAGUUGAUGAUCACAUCAUACAGGAUCUUUAAACCACGGGCAGAUGAUUCUGGGGAAUACAUGUGCGUUUACACAUUCGCCAUGGCGCCCAAUGCAAAUGCCACAAUCGAGGUGAAAGCAAAACCCGAUGUCACUGGCCACAAGCGAAGCGAGAACAAGAACGAGGGGGAGAACGCGAUGCUUUACUGCAAGUCUGUUGGUUACCCGCAUCCCACCUGGACAUGGCGUAAAAUGGACGGAACAUCCUACAUGGACAUUGACAACUCCACUGGACGCUUCUUCAUCACUAUCAGAGACAACUACACGGAGCUCAACGUCCUUAACCUGGAUAUAACCAGCGACCCCGGAGUGUACCAAUGCAAUGCUUCUAACAUGAUCGGAAACACGGCUGAGACCACGAUACUUCGGGUGCGCAGCCACCUCGCACCUCUUUGGCCUUUCCUCGGCGUGCUCGCGGAAAUUAUCAUCCUGGUCGUCAUCAUCGUUGUGUACGAGAAACGCAAGAGGCCGGACGACAUCAUUGAUGAUGAUGAACCAGUAAUAACAACGAAAACAAAUUCAACAAACAACCACAAGGACAAAAACAUUCGCCAGAGGAAUACAAAAUAAGCAAUUUACUCAA